AUGGAGCAAAAAAAAAAAGUUCAGAAAUCGAGGCUUAGUAGAUCGAGGUUUGAUCACACUGUAUACUUAUCUCUUCGAAGUAGACCCAUUUUGGCGGUUUGGUAUCGGUUAGAUGAUCCUCAAUUCUUAGUAGCUCGAGAGGAAGGAUCUGUCGAUUACGCUCGUCGAUUCUACAAGUUCGGUUUCGCUCUCUUGCCUUGGCUUUGGGCUGUCAAUUGCUUCUACUUCUGGCCGGUUCUUCGUCACUCUCGAUCUUUCCCUCAAAUCCGCAAAUAUGUUGUUAGGUCAGCAAUUGGCUUCAGUGUCUUCACAGCUCUUCUUUCUGCGUGGGCAUUGACAUUCUCCAUAGGAGGAGAACAACUUUUUGGUCCUGUUUGGGAUAAGCUGGUCAUGUACAACGUUGCUGAUCGUCUCGGCUUGUCUGGCUUGGCUUAG